AUGAAUUCUUCAACUGCUAAUCUUCUUGAUUUACCUGAUGAGAUGCUUAUUAAAAUUUUUAAUAAACUUUCGAAUGCGGAUGUACUCAACGCAAUUUUGGGUGCUAAUCGACAACUGGAUCGACUAGCACGUGAUGCAAACUUCACGCAGUCUCUUGAUUUAACAGCUGAAGUAUCAUAUAAUGAACGAUGCUCCAUAUCGAACGAUGUACUUGAUCGAUUCUGUUCAUACAUAUUGCCUCAAAUUCAUGACAAAAUCAACUCUCUUCUUGUUGAACCGUCAUCAAUGCAGCGUAUUCUUUGUGCUUGUGCUUUUCCUAGCCUUCGUCAAUUAACUUUAAGUUCAAUCGAAUCUAAAGAUUUUAUAGAGUAUUUAUCAGAUAAUUCAUCUGUCUUACACAUCUUUAAACAAAACACACAUCUUAAUAUCUCUACGAUUGAAUAUUACAAUGAUAAAUCACAAAUGAAUUUGAAUACAAAUAUGUAUACACGUCUUUUUUCUGUUUGUCAGCGUUUAACUCAUUUGACUAUCAAAGGAAAACAUCUUAGAUACUGUUCGUUGGUACCAGCAUAUGCUUUACCAUUAACCAUGUGUUCAUCAUCGACCAUAGUCAAAUUAGAUGUUAAUGUACGUACAAUAGACGAUUGUUUGCGUCUACUUGAUGGACGUUUCAAUCAAAUGAAAAUUUUAAAUGUUAAGAUUGAUUCUAUUGAUACUCCAUUGUUGAACAUUGAUAGUCAGUAUAUUCUACCUAAUUUAACAACAUUCUUCUUGUCUACAUCUAACCCUACAAAACAAUAUGAUAAUGUUAUAGUACCAUUGCUUCGACGAAUGACGAAUUUAAAAACGCUCGUAUUAGUUCUUAUGGUUGAAAAUCGACCAAACUUUAUCGAUGGUGCUCAUCUUCAUCAAGAGGUACUUAUCCAUAUGCCACGAUUGAAAACAUUUCUUUUUAAUAUUACAACAAUUGACGAUGUUGUCGAAAUCAACUAUUGGCUUAAGGAAGAUGAUAUUGAAGAGACAAUGGUUUUCAAUGAUGGCCUUCCUUAUUUUCAAUGUCGUAUUGAUAUUUUUAAGAAUGGUAUUGGCCGAUGUCGUUUCUGUUCAAUGCCAUUCAUGAAAUCAUUUCGAUUAUAUUAUUAA